GCGAACAACUCGGCAGGCCUGCUAUGAUGGAUCCAGCGCCUCUUGGAACAGUAGUGCUUGCAAUCAAGGCAAGCCGCCGUCUCAGUCACGAUCAUACGCAGAUGCAUCCCGAAGGACUUGCUCUCAUCAAGGAAGUGUACAAACGCGUGCGCAGUGCACGCAGGAAGCGGUCUGGUCUCUGGUCGCCGGAUGUGCAAAAGCUGCUGUACCCCGGGACCUCUCUUGCUCUGUAGCCAGAGACUGCUCUCUACAUGUCCAUGCUCGCUAUGGCCUCCCUCCAGCACAUGCAUCCUCCUCAAGACGGGCCCCCGGCAGUGGCGACUUUUGCCCUGAAGGAGCCCCGAGGAAAUCUUGGAAAAGCCAAGACAUCCCAACACACAUCAAAGCGCACACCCUCCCGGCAGCGGCCCUCACCAGAGACAACCAGGCGACGGUCAGGUCCGUCAUGGCACGCUACUUCUCCAUACCGUACACAAAAACACCGAAGCGCAAAUACUUUUGGGGCCCGGUCACUGCAAGUAUCGACUGGUGCGAGGAGAACUACGUCGUCUCGCGGUACAUCGCAGAGUUCUGCAAUACAACGACCAAUGCCAUCUUCAUCAUCCUGGCAUCCAUCGCCAUACGCAACGCUAUCCGCUGGCACUAUGAGCGACGCAUUUUGUUGACCUCGGUCGGCUUUCUCACCGUCGGUCUCGGCUCUUGGCUCUUCCACAUGACACUCAAGUACGAGUUUCAGCUUCUGGAUGAGCUGCCUAUGAUCUGGACAACGCUGAUUAUGUUCUGGGGCAUCUUUGACUACGGACUUUCGCGCGCCUAUUCGCUGUUGCUUGCGGCGGGGACAACCUUGCUUGGCGCCGGUGUCACUUGGUACUACCUCGUCAACAAGAACCCAGUCUUCCAUGAGUUUGCUUAUGGUCUCAUCACUGCCGCUGUACUCUUGCGCUCCUGGUAUCUCGUCCACAAGCGCGUCGACAAGGAAGACUUUGAAGCUCGGGACGACCUCAAGUACUCGGCAACUUGGGGCGCCGUUACUUUUUUGACUGGGUUUGCUCUUUGGGGUAUAGACCGCGGCCAGUGCUCCAACUUGACCCACGCAAAGCAUGUGAUUGGUAUGCCAUGGGGUUUCCUGCUCGAGCUGCAUGGCUGGUGGCAUUUGCUGACAGGAACGGGCGUUGCGCUGUACAUUGUCUUCCUUACACAGCUGCGUCUUCACCUUACGGGCCGCCAGGAUGAGUUUGAGAUUCGCUAUGUCUUGCGCUUCUGGCCUGUCCUCGAGCGCAAGCAUGAACGCCUGUUGCGUGAUUGAUUCAGGGUCGGCGAAACAAACGGGCGAAUUUGUUGCGCCGCUUGGGUGGAUGGAGAAGACGCUGCAGGCUGAGGCAGACAUUAUCUGCGCUGCGCAAGAUCUGACGAAGGUCGGCGAGGAGCUGAUG